AUGUCUGUUCCGGAGGAACAGGACGACUUUAUAUUUCGGCCUCAGCAACAUUUAGAUUCAAAAUGGUUAAAUCCUGACUUACAAGAAGCACUUCAUGAUCCUGAAGCUUUAUGUACCCUUUUUAAUAGCCUCAUACAAGACCGAGAAAUUUAUUUUGACGCCGGAAAUGGGCUAGUUAAUGGUGCUGGAAUAACAGCUAAACUUGGGGAUAGUGGAAAGUAUUACUGCGGUUUGAGGAUCUUAACUUGUACUUGUUGUGAUGGUCUCUGUGGUCCCCAUUCUGGAUGUGCAUGCACUCCUUGCACUGCUCUUUCCACUGAGGAAGAACUUCGGGCUUCUAUCCAAUCUAAAAUAGUAGCACCACCACCACCUCUCCAAGUUAUAGAUGAAAUUAAAUGGAAACAAGAUCCAGGUCCAGAAUGUUUACAAAAUUUGAUUGAUGCUCUUGUUUGGGAACAACGAGUUAGAGCGAUCAAUACUGCUGUUAGUUGUCCCUUUAUAUCCCAAAUACGCCGUUUAAUAGUACUCUGUCAUAGACAUCUUGUGGCUGUUAUAAGGGAGCAGAACAAUCACAAAGAAGUUAGAAAAACUAAAUCUGAAAAGAAACUUAUGCAUGGUGUUAGUAACAGGGCGCUGAGUAAUGUUGUAUUAAAUAAACCAGUAGAGCUUAAUUCCGAUGCAACUGACGAGAGUGAGGAACCACCUGAUGAUUCUGAAAGUGCAUUUGGAUUAGCUAGAGUAGGUGCAAGAGCAGCAUUACGCCUCGCCCUAUCAUUAGUGCGUCGAGCAUGGCGUUGUGGUGAGGAUGCUGAUGUGUGCUCUGCAUUGCUGAGAGAUGCGUUAGAUGCUGUCCGAGCUCUACCUGACGCAGCCUUGUACGCCGGCAGUGGCCAACUAUCAGUUCAGGCACCGCGUUCUCAAAAAAUCUGGGCUGAAGUAGUAGACAGUGCUGCAAAAUUCCUACAUCAGGUUGUUGCUGGAGAAGUUGGAUGCAAUGUACCACAAGGAGACUGGAGGACUUCAUUAUGUGUAUGGGUAGAACUUUGUGCUAGAAGGGCAGAACUGCCGGCUCUCUUAAGAGCUGCCGAUGUACUUGUAACAUUACCCCCUAAACAAAAACGACAACCAGAUAACAGGAUAGUGUUAGAAGAAUGCACAGCGCCUCUGGGACCAUUUUUGAGGAGAAUGGCCAAAGUAUCGGCUCCAAACCCCAUUGUUAACUCUGAACAUAACACUGAAGGCAACUUAACAGAAGUUUAUCUGAAAGAACUGAGUAUACCGAGUGGUGAUGGACUUAUGAGUGUUAAAAAGGCUGGAAUUGCUCUACUGUGCCAUUUAGAUAGAUUGGGCGCACCAUUGUUGCCACCAUUAAAAGGAUUUGUCACUUGUACUGAGUCUGCUCAGGAAGUCGUCUCCAUUGGGUCAGGACCAUUACAACUCGGAAGUAUAAGAAUUCAACAAAUAGCGUGUGCUGAGAAAUUGGCAUUGCUAUUGACUCACGAUGGCGCUGUGUACACACUGCCAUACGACACUAUGACGCCGCAUCUAGUCCCUGGUCUGGAGAGCAAAAUAAUAACCCAAGUAUCCUGUCAUUCGUUGGGACGGCACUAUCUUUGUCGGUCGUCGUGUGGAGGCGCCUGGUCGUGGGGUGUUGGUGAGGACGGUCGCCUUGGACAUGGAGAUACCGCUGCAAGGGACGCUCCACAACCAUUGCAUCAUCUCGCACACCAUGAAGUCGUUAGAGUCGCGGCAGGUCUAGCUUGCAGUGCUGUGAUAACCUCUCGCGGAGCUCUCUACACUUGGGGUCGCGGAGCUCAAGGUCGACUCGGACAUGGUACCAUAGAAAACUGUCUCACGCCCCAACCCGUUUCUUUCAACGCGCACAACAUCGAACGUAUCAUUGACGUGGCGCUUGGUUGGGGGGAGGGUUCUACUCUCUGUUGUACUUGGGAAGGGGCGGUUCAGGUAUUCGGUGAGGGGGAGGCUGGGACGCCGCGAGCUCUCUCCACACUCGCAAUGUUCAGGGUUACUAGGGUCUAUACUGGGGAGCACUGGCAUGCGGCACUUACUGAUGGAGGUCAAGUGUACACCUGGGGUAAAGGUGAUGGCUACAGAUUAGGACAUGGGAAUAUGGAAUCAACUAAAAUUCCUAAAUUAGUAGAAGCACUUCAAGGUAUUAAAAUUGUGGAUUUGUCUCUUGGAGCUUCACAUGGUAUUGCAUUAUCGUCUGAAGGAGUAUUAUUUGUCUGGGGAACUCAUGAGAGAACACAAAUAUCUAACCCUGUACCACAGCCAGUGAAGGCCUUUAACCCAUCAUUUAAAGCCAAUGGAGUGUCCAGUGGACCCACCCAAAUAUUUGCAUGGAGUGAAGAAAACCCAAGAGAUUUACCUUCGUCUCUACCAUUUGUUAUUGACUUAUCCGAUAACACUUUUAAAUCCUUAGAAAGACUGUUAAGAAUAGUAGUGGAACAAAGUGGACUAACAAAUAUAAAGGACAAUGAAUGUUUAGCGAUCUCAUGUUUAAACCUCCUUAGGUUACAAGUACAUGCUUGGCAAUGUGCUCGUGGCAACGAGAUCGAUGAAGUAGACCCUGACAGUAGAUCGUGGUGUUCUGGAGUUCAUACUGCGUUAGUUGCCUUAGUCGAGGGUAGAGCUGGGGCAUCAGCAGCAGCGGCUGCUAGAAAAGCAUUAGCAGCAGCCUGGCCCAUACUAUUGCCAACUCCGCAGAUACGAGCGCAGCACCUUAUUGCUCUAUUGCCUCAAGGUUCGUCUCCCGCUAGUGCGGGCGCACGGUUCAUGACAGAAUUACUUGUUUGGUCACUGUUAGGAGGUGGUGGCUUGAGAGAUGCCCUCAGGAACGCACUGUUGGUUCAUUCCAACGACACCUACAACCAUCUACAGCUAGACGAUGAAUACGAUCAAAUAGACAUAGUCACUGGGCAACGCGGUGUACCAGCGACUACCAUGUCUGAUGACAGCGAAACAGUUCAAGCGAGGUGUAUCAACGAAUAUCAAAUAAGCAACAACUCCACUGCGUGCGAAAACGGCUCCUCCGUGCCUUUGAUGCAUUUGGUGAAACAUUUAAUACGUAAUACAAGUUGUCAAACUCAAAUGUAUAUAAAUGCUAUUAUGAACGGCGACACAAGCAAGACUGAUGAUUUAAAAGGACAUGACACCAUUAGUCCCAGUUGCGAUCUCUUAAUACGAUUCCAGAGGUUGUUAUUCAGCGAGGCGAUGUGGUCCCGCGGCGGUCGUAGCACACGCGGCGGCGUUACCUCCCUCCUCACACAAUAUACCGCCCUACUAUCAGAACACGUACACUCAACACUGAGUUGUUUCACAAGAGCCGUACACAGAGCUGAUAAUGAUCAGCUGGUAGCUCUAUGUGACCUCAUUAGUGCUGACAUCGUUGGUCGAGUGAUGAGUGAGCUGGCAGUAUGGGUAUGCGCAUGCGCAGCGCGGUCAGCGUUAGCGUUAUCAGAAAGUAGCGCUGCACUGGUUAAGAUAGUCAGAGCGUGUGACGACGCUGCUCGCUCGUUACCGUGCGCUGACAAGUUAGAUGCUGAUCUACUCGGCUGGCCCGGCCUGACCUCUAGACGACCACCAUUGAAUACCAGUAUAAUAAGAAAAUGCGAUCUCCAGAAUCAUACAAAGGAAGGUGGUUCUUGGAUUGUUGUCUCCGGUCAUGUUUUCGAUGUAGAAAAUUUUGAAUGCGACAACGCCAGUACUGUAGAGUUGGUUCGGAAGUUACGAGGUUGUGAUGCUACAUCCGCUUUAAGUGUUGAGCCGCACGCGGCUUAUCUAUCUCGAAUAACAGAAAAAUGUGUCGGGAUGUUCGCCAGUCAGAUACACAGUCACAAAUGUCAGGACAGUACAUCCAGUAUUCGAACGCAUCACGUUCUAUCCUCCUGUGCGUUUCACCUGGCGUUGGGCGUGUCUUCAAUAGGCGCUCGUCUUGCAAAAUCUUUACCCGAGCAGCAAGCUGAAAGGGAUGCAACUUUCGCCGCAGCCGUCUUCCUUAGAGGAGGAUUGCAGACAUCAAAACCAACGAACCCGUUCGAGGAAGAGAAAGCUGAAGCCAGAAGCGGUUCUUCAACGGGCGGGAACAGUCCCGCUAGUGACGCGCCACACGUUCACAUGCAAACGUCCAAUGUAUUGCAUCCGCCACAAACACGUCUGCGUACCCCCAAAGUGAACGUGACCGCCUCCCCACAAAGGGCAGAUGCUUUAUUGUUUGCGUUGGCUGAGCCCAAGUUACAUGAUCCAUUGGCGUUACAUUUAUGGUGGGCGUGCGAACGUCGCGAGGGUUGUGCUCCUCAUUUCCCUCCGGAACAUCCCUUGGAAGAACUCCGUAGGGCGCUACUAGCCGCUCUGUUAUAUCACGCCGGUCUUAAGGAUCAUGCUUUAGCUACUGCAACAGCUGAAAUGGAUAAAGGGGAAGUGAAAUUAUCUCCGGCUAUGUCUGAGAUAGUAAAAGCUGUGCAGCAGAGUAAAUGGACGCUAAUGAGGACAAGACAACAGUUGUCAAGGGGUUACAAAGAGGUGUGCGCAGCUCCACUAGAGCGCGCUCGUUUCCUUCUACAUGAAGUCCGCGCCGCUCUCUCCCCCGCCCUCACAGCGCUGAAAACACGACCUCCAAAAAUCGCACCCGCCUCACACAGGGUGUUCAGAAAAGUGUUGAAGAUGGCUCGGGAACCUAGCUUUAAUAAAUGCUUCGAAACUACUAAGGAUCUAAGAAACAGGCAGAAUAGUUUAAGUAAAAGUAUGCUUAAAGCUACCGGUACUCUACUUCAAGGUGAUGCUUUGCUCAUAAAAUCCACUAUCGGCGGCCAGUGUAGUAAACAGGAUGAUGCUCAAACGGUAAUCGUUGAACCUCCUAGAGCCUAUGUCAAUUUAGAAGGUUCCAGCGAUACAAUAGUAAGAGACGCUUCGAUUGUGCAAACGAAAACGAAGAUCAAAAUGAAAGAUAAACCACUUGAAAAAGAUUUAAAGAACGCUUCCAAUUUCGACGACAUGCGACACGACAGUCGCGGUGAGCUCAAACUAUUAGAAAAGGAUGAAGUCUUAGACAAAGAUUACGACGAUAAGACGCCAACUAAUGAAAUAUCUAUAAGUUCGAUCAAUGAAAUGACAGAUAACUCAGUGUUCAAAGAAUCACUGGAAAGCGAGAAGCAAGUAAUGCUUUUGGCGGAUGACUUGAAAAAUGAAAUUGUUAUAGCUGAUGAAGAAAAAGAUGAUGAUAACUCGGAAAGGAACAAAUUCGUGAACGCCUGGGUUGCGAGACUGGCUUGUGGAGAAAAAGAUUUAUAUUGGAUGCUGGAGGAAGUAACACCGGAACAACAAAGUCUAACCGCUGCUAUAAUUGACUUCGUCAUGACAGAAGAACCCUGUGAUAUUGACAUUCUGAGGAGGGCGUUGUACUGUCAGGUUCAAAGAGCAGACAUAAGAAGGACUGGUUACUCUGUUAUAAAUAGUAUUCUGAACUCAUCACAAACUAUGUCAGAAAGUAUUAAGUAUGCAGCUUUGUGUGGCUUAAUUGGAGCUUGUAUGGCGGAUUCUGUUCCCAAUGCGCCACUUAAACCUACCAUACCAUUGACAAAACCACUAGAAAAUAUUGAGUCUGUUAUACCCUACCUCAAAUAUAUGGUUCUUCUGGAAAGAUCUAAAAUGAUGAACUUUAUUCUAAAUGAGCUAAAGGCAAAAGUUCUAGAGGGUGAACAAACUCAACCGUUACCUUUAAAAAUGAGUGCUAACUAUGGUGCGCAUGCGUUACUAAAUAGACCAUCCAGAGCCAGAUUCCUUAUAACACUUCUAUCACUGCUUAUUGAAGGCUGUCAAGGUCCGGAGCUAGAGCAACUUAUAAACGGUGGAGCGCUGAGUUCGUGUCUGACACUCCUCAAACAAAUUGGUGGAGACACUUCACAACACGCUUCAUUGAUUGUUAAUGGAGCUAAACCGAAAUCUGACUGUCUGAUCAUUUAUGAAGAUGAAAGACUCGGCGCCCGCGCAAGGGGUGCGUCUUUAUCAGGACCGGAGCUGGCGUCCCUUAUGAAAAUCGGCACUAGGGUUGUUCGCGGUAAAGAUUGGAAGUGGGGUGACCAGGACGGCAUCCCUGGCGGGGAGGGUCGGGUCAUCGGAGAACUGGGUGAGGACGGGUGGGUGAGGGUCGCGUGGGACGCGGGAGGAACUAACUCCUACAGGAUGGGCAAAGAGGGCAAGUAUGACCUUAAGCUGGCGCGAUCACCCUCACCACCGCCAUCUGUUGACGAAACAGUGCAAGGAAACGCGAUCGAGAACAGCGUAGAAUGGUGGCCGGUCAGUGAAGUUCGUUCAGCGUGCACGUGUGCGGUGCGUGCGUUAUGUGCGGGCGCGGGCCGCAUCACUAGUAGCGAAAGUGGUGCGAUUGUGGCGAGAAGAAACGUGGCCGCGCUACAACGAAGACUGCUGGCGUUAUCACACGUACACCUACACCCGCCGCCCACGGCAUUCGCCGCUCAUACGCAUACCGCACUUGCUUUACUAAGAGCGAGCGCUCAGAGCCCGGAAAUGAGAGCAGCUCUAUGUACAGAUGCCUGGUUCGAGCUGUGCUAUAGUAUUAUAUCAUCUAACGAUAAGCCCAUUACACAAGAUCUUGUUUAUCUGCAGAUUCAGGCUCUCUGGCUUUUACGUCGUGUUCUUAAAGAGCACACGGGCUCGGGGGAGUGGCGACGUACAGUGACGGCUCAGUUGAUAGCGCUGGCUGGACGGCUGUGGCUCGAGACUCAUGCAGCUGAUCCAACGUUACGAGCUAAUAUACAAAACGCUGGAGGAUGUCCGUCCCCGGUCGACGAGGAAGAGAUAGACAACAGAUGGCGCGCUCCAGCCACCGCUAGUUACACGGGUGGUACGUGCGCGGCGCUAGUGUCGCUGGUACAUCAGUUACACGCCGCGCCGCAGUGGCACGGACCUAUUACAGCAUUGCUGCUAGAGAAACUGCAACUGGCUGCCCAAAUGAUAACAAGUGACUGGCAUUGGUGGCCGCAUACUAGUCAAGAUUUAAAUCAGACUUUAAAACCAUCGCCCCCCUCACUCAAUACAUGCCUAAUAGCUGGAGCUUUGGGUGUUGUAGGUGGAAUGGAGUGGAGAAUAAGAUUAGGUCAGCGUGUGAUAGCGGGUUCACCGCCCAGAAAUGCUAUUGUGACGCAGCUAUCAUCACGAGCCAAAAUAACUCUUGUACACGAUGAUAACACUUUGUCGAAGGUGGAUCUAACGAGUGUACAGAGCGCGGAGUGUGAACGUCUCAGUCAAGUCCUGGGUGGUGGUGAAAGUGCUCUAAGGGUUUGUGCCGCACUCCUAGGAGCAGGACCUCAAGCUUCACCGAUGCAUCCUCAUCAUUUACCAGCUGAAAUCGACGUAUACGGACUUCGACGUCAACAAAUGGAAUUACUCACAUUAUGUGCCGUAAGAGGCUUGUUAACGACUAGGACAAGAUUAAGGAAGGUUCUAUUACAACCUCCAGAUCAUAGCGGAGCGUCAGAUCGCGGUUCUACGGGAACUGAGGGUACAUUGCUGCGUCGUUUGUUAUCUCUGGCUACUCGUCCCAGUCCGCUGGCCGCCUCACACUCACCCAAAGACCUGGCGUCAGCUGCACUCACUAUAGUACAACAGCUAGCCGCACAUGUUGCAGGAGAUGAAAAAGACUUUGAUUCUCCGCCAGAAUUGCCGAUCAUAGACAAGAGUAAUGUCAUGCAAGUGUCUAUGGGACCGUCGACCAGCACCGCGUCUCUUUCAAGGAAAGAUCUGAACACGUGGGCAAAUUCAUCACAAGUACAAAAGGUUAUUGAAAUGGGAUUUUCUAGGCACGCUGUUUAUGGAGCUAUCCAGACUUUAGGUGGAACAAGUUUGCCGUCCGUGGAAGCACUAGUUGCAUAUCUAUUAGAAUUGCCUCAACAGGGCAUGGAUGAAACGGUAUACGAAAUAAAGCCGACCACUUCGAAGCAAGAAAAGAAACAGACUCCCUACCGUUGGCGGAGUUGUUUUGCUUCUGAAGACGAGUACGCACAAUACCUAUCCGAUAUCAUAACACCGGGCAUGACAGUCAGAUGCUGUAAGGCCUAUGAAAAUAUCGCUCUAGGGGAUGUUGGACAGGUCCAAAAAGUAGAGCGUGAUAUAAAGCAGAAUGUUUUCUUGCACGUUGAAUGGCGCGGCGUUGGUCGUGUGGCGGGCGUGAGAGCGACUCAUGCUGAGGUAGUGUCUGGUGCUCCGCCCUUCGCCCCCGGGGACCGCGUGCGUGUUCGGGCUGCGGUCACACAGCCACGUUAUAAGUGGGGCUGCAUUGACCACUCCAGCGUUGGAACUGUUACUGCAAUUCAAAGUAACGGCAGAGAUUUGACAGUAGAUUUUCCGCAACAACCCGGCUGGACGGGACAAGUUAGUGAGAUGGAGUUAGUCACGGAUCAAUCGGAGUGGGGAGAGAGUGCCGGCGGGUGUACGGUUGGUUGGCGCGGUGCAGUCCGCGCGGUUCGUGUAUCUUCUUGCCGACCUGGUGCAGGAGCUCGUCGUCUCUUGGACUCACAGCCACAUACAAAUUGGCAGAGCUCAAGCGGAACUGGACAGCAUUGGAUCCGUGUUGAGAUGCGUUGCGGUGUUCGUAUCCGUCGACUCGGUCUGGGCGUAUCGGGCGGCGCUCAUGGACCAGCGGCGCUGUCAGUACGUGCGGGGAACAGUUUCGAGGACUCGGCCCUCGCCCCCCUCGCCGCCGUGCCCUGCACCCCCGCGCCCCCCUCACGAGACAGGCCGCCCACACAUCUCGCACAAAUACAGCUAUUGGCUGACUGUAAACAGUACUAUCCGUGCAUUGAAAUUGGUAUCAAGCAAAAUAGGAAUGUCAACGCCGAUUGUCGCGUCCAUGGACUCUACAUAACAGGUUUCAGACCAAAUCCAUUGUAUUCGGAAAUUUUAGCGAGUAUGAAUUUCAUAGCUGAAGAUUGGAUUGAAAAGGAUAAUCCAACAGGUGCAGUCUCAGUUGACAACAAUCCUCCGUCAUUGCCAAAUGAUUGUCCAAAGGUAUUUGUAUGGGGCCUGAAUGACAAGGACCAGUUGGGAGGUGUGAAAGGUUCUAAAGUGAAGGUUCCAGUAUUUUCUCCGGCUUUGAGCGCCUUGCGGCCGGUUCAUAUAGCGGGAGGAUCUAAAACAUUGUUUAUCGUAUCUCACGAUGGAAAGCUAUUUGCUUGUGGGGAAGGCACGAACGGCCGCCUCGGUCUUGGUCAUAGCAACAACGUGUCCACACCUCGCGCUAAUCCAUAUCUUUCCCACGUUCUUGUUAGACGUGUAGCGGUACACUCCGGUGGGAAACAUGCGCUAGCACUCACUGCUGAUGGAAAGGUGUAUUCUUGGGGUGAAGGAGAAGACGGUAAGCUGGGCCACGGUAAUCGCAUAACAUUGGAAGCUCCCCGCCUCAUAGAGUCACUGGCCGGAGAACGAGUCAUCAGUAUAGCGUGUGGUUCCGCACAUAGCGCCUGUGUGACCGCAAGAGGUCACUUAUAUACUUGGGGGUUGGGAGAGUACGGAAGAUUGGGACAUGGAGACGAUAAUAUACAACUAGUACCGAAAAUGGUCGAAGCUUUAGCAAAUUACAGAGUAAUUCAAGUCGCAUGCGGAUCACGAGACGCUCAAACUUUAGCCCUUACAGCAUGCGGCAAAGUGUUCUCAUGGGGAGACGGUGAUUUCGGUAAAUUAGGUAGAGGAGGUUCCGAUGGUUGUGCGAUACCAAUGAACGUUGAAAGACUUAACUCGCUAGGAGUGACUCAGGUCGAAUGUGGCGCUCAAUUCAGUUUGGCUUUAACAAGAGAUGGAGAGGUUUGGACCUGGGGUAAGGGAGACUAUUUUCGUCUGGGUCAUGGUUGUGACGCGCACGUUCGUCGUCCCACUCUAGUGGAAGCUUUACGCGGUCGUCGUGUUAUACACGUGGCUGUCGGCGCAUUGCACUGUUUAGCUGUUACUAGUGAAAACCAGGUAUGGGCGUGGGGUGAUAAUGACCACGGCCAGCAGGGCAAUGGCACUACGUGUGUGAACCGGCGACCGGCCUUAGUAGCGGGAGUGGAGGGAGUGCAACGAGCAGCCGCCGGCUCUUCACACUCAGCCGCCUGGGCACUAAGACCGGCACAACACAAUGAUGUACCAACACCACAUGUCACACCUCUGCCAUUCCCCGCUCUUAAGGAUCCAUUGGGAGCAAAUAGCCUUGGCUUGUACUCGGAUGAGCCCGUGUGUGAGGAGGCGAGUGGAACACGUGCGUCCUUGGCGGCGGCCGCGCUCACACUGGAACCACCAGUCGCCGUACAACAUGCACUAGCUCUUAUUCUACUAGCCUUACAUAUAACACAGGCUCGAAGUCUCCUAGUAGAAGCUCUCCGUGCUCAUGAAGCGUGUUCUACUUCAGCUCCGGUGAUUGUAGGGCUGGAUUCAGAGGAUGAUGACGGUGAGGCGGACGCUCGUACCGGUGGAGGGGAGGCGCCCGCUGAUAGAGCUACUUUACCUAGCGGUGCUAGCAGUCCUUUAAGCGGAUCUAUAUCGUCUCGUCACUCAGCUGUGAUGUCGUCCAGCGCUGUCUCUGUGGCUGCAGCAACUAUGACCGUGCAGCAAGCUGAGGCACCAAAAUUGGCCCUGGAUGAUUUUACUUCACAUCUCGGAGAAUCUGAUGCCAGAGCCCUCGUAGAUCUGCUAAAACUAGCAGCUGCCGGACGAGUACCUGAUUCGGCGAAUGCAGUUAAAAUUAUUACUGACGUUCUAAUGGCGUUGUGUGCCAGUAAGCCGGCGGUCGCGGACAUGGUGGUCGAAGUUUGCGUGUGUGAGUUAGAAGAGGCGGCGGCGGGCGGAGCGCGCGCUCCUCCACACCCCGUCACUGUGGACAGCCCGCAUCCGUACGCUGAUGAUACUGAUAUUUCCGGCGUAGUUAAAAUCCCCGGAGCUCAAUCCCUGCGUGUGUCAUUCGAGCAGGGAUGUUCUACGGAGAGGAGGAAUGAUCCUCUCACGAUAUCUGAUAGCGCUGGUCGAGUUCUGGCCACGAGAUCUGGAAGAGAACCCACUGACUGGGCACAGGAAAUCAUUGUUAAUGGUGACGAGUUGCGAUGGAGAUUUACGAGUGAUGGAUCAGUAAAUGGCUGGGGGUGGAGGUUCACCGUGCAUCCAAUACUACCGUCACAUUCUAAUAUGGAAAGUGGUUCAGACCGAUAUGUACUGUCGUGUCCGUCUGUUGAAUUGGCUUGGAGGUUAUUAGACGGACCUCUACUUACGGCGAUAUCUAACGAUCACCAAUUGGCACCGCGUUUGGCCCAGGCGUUGGCUAUAUGUGCACAAAUGCCUACGCUAUCAUGGCGUGGUCGUGUGUGGUGUGUAAGAAGACUGCGCGGUGUUGUUUGUGGCGUGGGCGGUGCGGCGGGUGACGUUGCUCCUCCUGUAGCGCUUCAAGCGCUGCCACAGCUUCUUCAAGCGCAGUACGAACAUGAAGAGCCAGCGCUGCGCACGGGCACACACUUGCUGCACUCUCACUAUCUUAAGGAACUAGCCUGGUUAGCGUGUGGUCUACGUAUCGACAGUCGAGUUUGUAGCGGUCUAGAUUCGGCUCGAUGGUCCUGGUUCAAGCGAUACUGUCUUUGUAUUCGCACCGCAGAUGCACUCAUACGACGGCAACCUUUACCUACACCGUUCCUAGCUGAUGUUCGUAAACGAUUAGCUGAUUUAGGAGUAUAUAAUACUGAAGAAAGCGGCACGGAGUGUCAAAACCUUUGGGAGGACAACAGUAGGCUAACAAGGCAACACGACGAACAAUUGCUACAUUGGGUGAAUAGGCGUCCCGAGGAUUGGUCGGGAUGGUGGAAUGGUGGUUCCCGUGGUUGUGCAGUGUACGGCUGGGGUCAUAAUCAUCGUGGACAGUUGGGGGGAGUGGAAGGGGCUAAAGUACGGACCCCUACUCCGUGUCAUGCAUUGGCGGCCUUGAACCCCGUCCAGCUAGUUGGCGGAGAGCAAACACUGUUCGCUGUAACACCGGACGGGAAAGUUUAUGCUACAGGUUACGGUGCCGGCGGUAGACUUGGUAUUGGCGGAAUAGAUUCAGUGUCUCAGCCAACGCUUCUAGCGUCUAUACAACACGUGUUUAUUACUAAGGUGGCCUGUAAUUCCGGCGGUAAACAUUGUCUGGCGCUAUCAGCGGAUGGUGAGGUGUAUAGCUGGGGGGAGGGGGAGGAUGGCAAACUAGGCCACGGGAACAGAGUGAGUUACGACCGUCCAAAGUUAAUAACAGCUCUAUCCGGUUUGGAAGUUGUUUGCAUCGCCUGUGGCGGCGCUCAUUCCGCCUGUCUCACUGCUCGUGGAAGAAUAUACACGUGGGGCAAAGGACGAUACGGAAGAUUAGGUCAUGGGGACUCAGAGGACCAACUUAUACCGAAACUGGUGGAGGCUUUAUCAUCAUUCCGAGUCAUAGACGUCGCGUGUGGUUCGGGCGAUGCUCAGACACUUUGUAUUACAGAUGAUGACAAUGUAUGGUCCUGGGGCGACGGAGAUUAUGGAAAAUUAGGUCGAGGUGGUUCUGAAGGUUGUAAGUUGCCGAUGAGAAUUGACUGUUUGAAAGGACUAAGAGUUAUUAAAGUGGAAUGCGGUUCGCAGUUUUCUGUCGCUCUCUGUCAAUGUGGCAGUGUUUACACUUGGGGAAAAGGCGAUUACCAUAGACUAGGUCACGGAAGUUAUGAACACGUGAGACGUCCGAUGCGCGUCACAGGCAUGCAAGGAAAAAUGAUAGUAUCCAUUGCUACUGGGAGUUUGCACUGUGUGGCGUGUACUGAUACCGGCGAGGUAUACACUUGGGGUGACAACGACGAAGGACAACUAGGAGAUGGGACCACCCUCGCUGCACAGAGACCAAGAUUACUCAUGGCUUUGCAGGGUAAACGUGUGACCCGCGUGGCUUGCGGCAGUGCUCACACGGUAGCGCUGUGUGUGGAGGCGCCACGAGCCCCGCGCCCUCCGCCGCAGCCUCCGUUAGAGUGUCAUCUGUUGAGAGAUCUACCGCCCCACAUUAUAUGUCAUAGAUUGGUUCUCUUGCAUCAAUUCUCGGAGCUGGUCUGUCCUAACCUUCCAUUGUUAGUUCUAGACGAGCCGUUGGAUCAACUGCGAAAUUUAUUAUUUUACAGCGUCAAGGAAGCUGCCUUUAGAAAGGCGAUAAUGUCUACGAUGGUACGCGAGCGUCAGCACGGUCCAGUAGUUGAGUUGUCCCGCGUGGCGGCACGUCGCGCCCGGCGUGGCGGCAGCGGGCUGGCGGGACCGGCCGGGAUGAGGUCCGUCUUCGGACAGAUGGUCGCCCGUCUGCCUGCACUCACACAGGACGCGCUCGCACUGCCGCAUAGAGUGUGGAAAGUCAAGUUUGUGGGCGAGAGUGUAGACGACUGCGGCGGUGGGUACAGUGAGAGUAUCGCUGAGAUGUGUGAGGAGUUACAGAACGGUUCCUUGCCUUUAUUGAUGGCAACACCUAACGGCCGAGGGGACGCCGGCGCCUCCAGAGACGCCUUCCUACUCAACCCUACAGCCAACACACCGCUACAUCUUAAUUGCUUCAGAUUUUUAGGUGUCCUCAUGGGUAUUGCGAUCCGCACGGGUUCACCUCUGUCAUUAUCUCUGGCGGAAGGCGUGUGGCGUCAGUUGGCCGGUCAGCCGCUGAGACCUCAGGACCUGGCGGAGGUCGACAAGGACUUCCUACCGGCGCUGCUCUGUAUACGAGAUAUGACCGCCACUAACAAGGAGUUACAGAAUCUGGAGCUACCAUUCUCCAUACCAUCCGCCGCUGGUCACGAGGUACCUCUAUCUACUAGACACAAGCGGGUCACUCCUGACAACAAGGACGAAUAUGUGCAGUUGGCCUUACAUUAUAGACUGCACGAAUUCGAGGAACAAGUCCGCGCGGUACGUGACGGUAUGUCGCGUGUGAUCCCUGCACCGCUACUAGCGCUGUUCAGCGCUGCAGAACUGGAAACGCUAGUGUGUGGCUCCCCGGAUAUACCCGUACAUGCACUACGAGCCUCCGCCACUUAUAAGGGUAUAGAACCAAAUGCGCCUCUGGUGCAAUGGUUCUGGGAGGUGAUGGAAGAGUUGUCUGGGAGUGAACGGGCGCUGUUUCUACGUUUUGUUUGGGGUCGCACGAGGCUGCCGAGGGCGCCGCAGGACCCGCGACAAAGAGACUUUGUACUACAGGUACUUGACAAAUAUCAACCACCAGACCACUUCUUACCGGAGAGUUACACGUGCUUCUUCCUUCUCAAGAUGCCAAGAUAUUCAUGCAAAACAGUGCUGCGAGAAAAACUCAGGUACGCCAUCCACUUCUGCAAGAGCAUUGAUACAGACGAGUACGCCCGAGUGGCUCUCAGUGCGGCCGAGAGGGUUUCCUCGGAGGAAUCAGACUCAGAAGACGCGGCUCCUUUACCAACCGCGCCACCGGCUCUCUACUCACUCACAAGAGGACCAACAUUCCUCUAA